CAAACAUGCAAGAUACGCUAUAAGACAGAAAGUAUCAAAGCUACUGCCGACGUUAUUUACUCGCAACCAGCUAGAGUGGGUCUUUGGGCUUUAUAAUGAUAUGAGUGAAAGCGUUCUUAGCGACUAUGGGUCAGAGGAUAUUGCCCAGACAGUAGCUAUCCUUACACAACUCAAGUCUGAAAAUGUAGACCUUAAGCGUAACUUCGAGAACUUGAAAGGGCUGCACGUGCGUCUUAACGAGACGUAUAAGGGGCUCCAAAAUCGUUACACGGCGUUGUACGAUGAACGGACGAACGUUGAAAAGCAGUACCAGUCGCUGUGCGAGUCAUGGCGUGUCGAGCUGGAGGAGAAGCAGCGGCAGCUGGAGGCGGCAAAGGCGCAAAUUCUUGGGCCCAGGGACAUGGACGUGCUGCGAGUGAAGCUGCUGGAGGAGUUGGAGGCGCCGUACCGGGCAAAGUGCGACAACCUAACAAAGGAAGCCGAGUCCUCCCACCAGGCCUACCUCAAGCUGCGGAGGGAGUACGAGGAGCUGCAGAACACCUACCGCAGCCUGGAGGUGCGCACCGUGGGCGAGCAGGAGGCCCACCGGCUGGAGCACACGGCGCUGGUGCGCGAGCUGCGGGACAAGACGGGGCAGAUUACACAGCUGCAGGGCAAGCUGACCUCCUGCGAGAGCGCCGUUCGCUCGCUGCAGCGGGAGGUGGAGGCGGCGCGCUACUCGGGGGCGCAGAUGAAGCAGGAGCUGGAGGAGGUGCGCCGCGCCAAGGAGAAGGCGGUGGUGGAGCGCGAGGCGGCUGCGGUGCAGGCCGACAAGAAGGUCAAGGCGGCGGAGGAGGAGGCGGCGCAGCUGAUGUCGUACGUGGAGAGCGUGUCGCGCAAGAACCGGCACCUGGUGCAGGAGCUGGCGGAGAGCCAGAGGGCGGCGGAGGACCUGUUUGCGGCGAAUGUGCGGUUGCAGAGCUCCCAGACGCAGCUGCAGUCUCAGCUGGACAGCUGUGUGCGGCUGUCGGCUGCCGAGAAGGCCGCGCUGGUGGCGGAGCAGGAGGAGGCGGUGCGGCGGCUGGAGGAGCGGCUGGCGGCGGCGGCGGGGGAGGCGGCCAAGCGGGAGAGCGCGGCGGCGGAGGCCAAGCUGGCCAUGCAGGAGGAGCUGUCCAAGCAGCACUCCGUCUGGGAGUCCAAGCUAUCCGAGGAGCGGCGUGCUGCGGCGGAGCGGCUGCGGGAGGUGAUGGACGGCAAGGCGGAUGCGGCGGAGCGGGCGGCGGCGCAGCUGCGGGCGGUGGAGGAGCGGUGCCGUGAGGGCGAGGCGGCGCUGCGUGCGGCUCAGAGCGAGGCGGAGGCACACGCGCGGGAGGCCGCCGCGGAGGGGCAGCGCGCGGAGGGGCUGGCCAAGCAGCUGGCGGAGGCGAGUGCGGCCGGGGAGGCGGCCCGGGGGGAGCUGGCGGAGAUCAAGUCUGAGCUGCUGCGCUGUCAGCUGCAGUGCCAGCAGCUCUCCGAGCGGCGGGCCGAGCUGGAGCAGCGGCUGCGGGCGGCGGAGGAGGCGACCGUGCAGGUGCGGGCUGCUCGGGACGCGCUGGCGGCGGAGUUGGAGGCGGCGAGGCGGGAGGCUGAGGAGGAGCGGUCGGGUGCGGCACGUGCGGCGGAGGCAAGCAGGUCCGCCUGGGCGAUAGAGAAGGCCGCCAUCGCGAAGCGCUACCAGUCCGCCAUGAAGGAGCAGGCGGCGCGUCACGAGGCGGAGCUGCGCAAGCUGAAGCGCAAGGCCCGCGGGGCGCAUGCGGCGGUGGCGGCGCUCACGGAUGAGGUGGCGGACCUCAAGUUCAAGGCAGCGGAGGCCAAGCACGUGAACCACAUGUCCGAGAUCCUCUACCUCAACACCGGCGGCAGCACCGGCGCGCGAGCAACCAGCCCCUACCGCGACAUGCCGCCCUCCUCGGCACUGCCGUACAGCUCUGCCGGCGGCGCCUUCGGCUACGGCUACCUGGGCAGUGGCGGCGGCGCGAGACCAACAACAGCGCCGUCGUACAUGCAGCCGGCGGCGGCGGCGACAACGCUAACGGGUGGCGGCGCCGCUGCCUCCGCCAUGGGGGCGCUGCGGCCGCAUCGGUCGACGGCGGGAGCGGAGGGGCAGGGUACGGAGGGCGGUGGUGGUGGUGGUGCGGUGGGGGCCAGUAGUGGAGGCAGCGGGGCGGCGGCGGUGGGUGCGGACCUGCUGGGUAGCAUGGCUGCACUGAAGCAGCGGCAGCAGGAGUACAUGGACGCUGCGAAACUGGGGGUGCAGCCCUAGGGGGAGGAGGUGGCGAUAGGAGGUGCUGGGAGCGGCAGCAGGAAGAAGACAAGUGGGUUGUGUCUGGGGCCUGCCAAGACAAGGGCGGAUGGACGUGGGAUAUGGCAUGUGUAAAUAGGGAGACGUGUAGCAGUAUCGGUAAAAUUAGUGAAGGUGCGUGGGGAAUGCGGGCGGAGUAUUUCCCAGUAACAAGUACCACGCGCAACGACGAAUAUGACAUGCAUGGUUGGUCAAGCGGUCCAAAGCGAUCCUGUAUGUUGACCCAUGCCACUAUGAGCUGCGGGCUGGGGCGUGGGUGACCUUGGGAUGCGUGCGAACGUGGGGUGCGGGAAGCGGAACUGGUUUCUCGCCAUUCCCCAGCCGUUUGACAAGACGCACGGUACUGAGGACGUGAUCCUGGGUAUGUGGGUUUUGCAUCUCUUGAGGACGAAAGGUAGACACGGUGGCUGGCGCGUACCUCUAUGCGGUCGGGGGUCUAUGACGCCAUGGGGCUCCUCAUCUACACGUUGUACAUAAGUUCCCCCUGAUUCCCUUUGGUUUGGUUACAUAGCUGUAGCAUACUGUAAUGUACAUUUCACGACGCG